GAGACUUGCAUGUGCUCUGAUGUGUCCUUCCGCUGCCAACAAAAGAACUAGCUAGCCGACUACAAAAAAACGUCAAUCGGAAAAACGUACACUGUAAAUCUUCAGCAAUGAAACAGCUAUUCUAAGAAUUCACAUGUAUUUAUUUGAUAGAAACUUUUUUAUUUCUAGAUCUAUAUAUUUGCGGCGGUGGGAUAUAUAUAUUUUAAACCUCUACAUAUUUUUUUUCAUCCGUUGGAAGCCAUGAUGGAAGCUUGAGAGAAACGCAAAAAGAAGAUGCUUCCCUGGACAUAUGUCAAACGAGUCUGUGCAAAUAUUUGGUCUUUGUAUAGCCAUUAUACAUGCACGUUGGAGCCUGACACUUUUUCGCGUGUAUUUUGGCAAUCUAUUGGUGAAGAUGUUGAUUCGCUAGGAGGUUUUUGGAUUUUUUAAAAAGUGGGUAGCUAUUGCAGCUCGCUAGAUGGCUAGCUAAGUCUGAGUGGAUACGGUAACUAAUUACUGCUGGGCUUUCCAAAGGCCGGUAGUCUUCAAAUUCGAGCGAGCGCCGGAGAGUUAUCUCCUCGCUGGUCGGUCAAUCACGGCGGCUUCGGUAGAUCAAGAGAUUCGGACUGCAUUAUACCUUACGUUUAGGCGGGAGGAUAAUUGUAUGUAUUUUUCAAGGGGGAGUUGCAAGACAAAUUCCAAUAUUGGGAAAGUUUGGCCUGCGCGGAAGAGCAGAGCAAGGCCCGUCUCUAUGAUCCAGAGAAAAGGCCAUUCUAGCUAGCUAACGCGUUAAUCCUACUCACGACGACGACCACUGCUGGCUUGUCUCUGCGAGGAAGGAGCUGCAAAAUCAAAAGAGCAAAGGGCGAUCGAGAAGCAAAGCCAUUGCCAACCGAAGCAAAAGCAACGGCAGCUAGCUAACUUUUCAUAAUUUGAAACCCACAGACUCCUGUCACUAGCCAGCAAGCUAGUUAGCUACAAUGGCUGCGAUAAUAAAAGAAAUGGUCAGCCGGAACAAAAGGAGAUACCAGGAGGAUGGGUUCGACUUGGACUUAACGUAUAUCUAUCCAAACAUCAUUGCUAUGGGCUUUCCUGCAGAACGACUCGAAGGAGUGUACAGAAACAAUAUAGAUGACGUUGUACGGUUUCUUGACUCAAAACAUAAAAGCCAUUAUAAGAUUUACAAUCUUUGUGUAGAACGACACUAUGAUGCUGCCAAAUUUAACUGCAGAGUUGCACAGUACCCCUUUGAAGACCACAAUCCGCCUCAGCUAGAGCUUAUCAAGCCAUUCUGUGAAGAUCUGGACCAGUGGCUGAGCGAGGAUGACAAUCAUGUGGCGGCCAUCCACUGCAAGGCAGGGAAGGGCCGCACUGGGGUGAUGAUCUGCGCCUACCUCCUGCACCGCAGCAAGUUCCAAGAGCCCCAGGAGGCCCUCGACUUCUAUGGGGAAGUGCGGACAAGGGACAAGAAGGGAGUGACAAUCCCGAGCCAACGGCGCUAUGUGUACUACUACAGCCACCUGCUGAAGAACAAGCUGGACUACAAGCCAGUGGCUCUGCUGUUCCAUAAAAUGGUGUUUGAGACGCUGCCAAUGUUCAGCGGAGGCACCUGCAGGGACAGUAGCAUUAAAAACAGGAGCGAGCCGAUCCCUCUGGGCUUCAAGAAAGGGAAUUGGCAUUGGGAUCCUCAGUUUGUGGUGUAUCAACUUAAAGUCAAGAUCCACACGUCCAACCCGGCUCACACACGGAGGGAAGAAAAGCACAUGCUAUUUGAGUUUCCCCAACCGCUGCCCGUGUGUGGAGACAUCAAAGUGGAGUUCUUUCACAAGCAAAACAAAAUGAUGAAGAAGGAUAAGAUGUUCCACUUCUGGGUUAACACCUUCUUCAUUCCCGGGCCAUCGGAGGAGAGCAUGGAGAAGGUGGAGAACGGGUCGGUGGUGGUGGUGGUGAACGACAUAGAAGGGGUCCAGAACCAGCCCCCGGGCGGCCCCCCUCCCCAUGCCCAGCCCCCCCAGAGCGCCAAGCGCAGGGACAGCGGCAAGGACAGUGACGGGGACUACCUCAUCCUCGCGCUGACCAAAAAUGACCUGGACAAGGCCAACAAAGACAAAGCUAACCGAUACUUCUCACCUAAUUUCAAGGUGAAGUUGUAUUUCACAAAAACCGUGGAAGAUUCUUUGAAUUCCGAGGUGAGCACUUCGACAUCCGUCACUCCGGACGUUAGCGACAAUGAGCCUGACCAUUAUCGAUAUUCCGACACCACUGACUCUGAUCCGGAAAAUGAACCUUUUGACGAGGAACAGCACACGCAAAUCACAAAAGUGUGAACUUUUUUUAACAGGAAAAAAAAGAUGUACACCAGAGGAAAUAAAGGAGAGAACUUGAAUAUGAACUCAAAAGAAGAGCCUUUGUCCCCCUACCUCCCCCAAAAUGGCAAUAGAGCACCAUCAUGUCAAAUGCCAAUUUUAGUUUAAAAAAAAUAUUAUCCUGACCAAUAUGUUUUUAUUAUUUUCUUUGGCGCGGCCGUGUACCAUGCGCAAAGUAUUGACACUGUUGGCCCAUGGGGAAAGGUGUGUGUGUGUGUGUGCGUGUGUGUGUAUGUAUAUGUAUGUGUGUGUGUGUAUGUAUAUAUAUAUAUAUACAUAUAUAAAAAGUUUGGACACCUACUCAUUCCAGGGUUUUUCUUAAUUUUUACUGUUUUCUACAUUGUAGAAUAAUAUUGAAGACAUCAAACUAUGAAAUAACACCUAUGAAAUCAUGUAGUAACCAAUAGUGUUAAACAAAUCAAAAUAUAUUUGAGAUUCUUCGAAGUAGCCUCCCUUUGCCUUGAUGACAGCUUUGCACACUCUUGGCAUUCUCUCAACCAGCUUCAUGAGGUAGUCACCUGGAAUGCAUUUCAAUUAACAUGUGUGCCUUGUUAAAAGUUAAUUUCUGGAAUUGCUUUCCUCCUUAAUGCGUUUCAGCCAAUCAGUUGUGUUGUUACAAGGUAGGGUUGGUAUACGGAAGAUAGCCCUAUUUGUAAAAGACCAAGUCCAUAUGAUGGCAAGAACAGCUCAAAUAAGCAAAGAGAAACGACAGUCCAUUACAUGAAGGUCAGUCAAUCUGGAAAAUCUCAAGAACUUUUAAAGUUUCUUCAAGUGCAUUCGCAAAAACCAUCAAGCGCUAUGAUGAAAAUGGCUCGCAUGAGGACCGCCACAGGAAAGAAAGACACAGAGUUACCUCUGCUGCAGAGGAAAAGUUCAUUAGAGUUACCAAGCCUCAGAAAUCGGCACCUCAGAUUGCAGCCAAAAUAAAUGUUUUACAGAGAUCAAGUAACAGAAUGUGUUCUUAACUGACUUGCCUAGGUAAAUAAAAGUUAAAUAAAAUAAAUAAAUAGACAUCAACAUCAACUGUUCAGAGAAGACUUAAUCAGACCUUCAUGGUCGAAUUGCUGCAAAGAAACCACUACUAAAGGACACCAAUAAGAAGAGACUUGCUUGGGCCAAGAAACGCAAUGGACAGUAGACCGGUGGAAACCUGUCCUUUGGUCUGGAGUCCAAAUUGGAGAUUUUUGGUUCCAGACACCGUGUCCUUGUGAGAUGCAGAGUAGGUGAACGGAUGGUCUCUGCAUGUGUAUUUCCCACCGUGAAGCAUGGAGGAGAAGGUGUGACGGUGUGUGGGUGCUUUGCUGGUGACACUGUGAUUUAUUUAGAAUUCAAGGCACACUUAACCAGCAUGGCUACCGAAGCAUUCUGCAGCGAUAUGCCAUCCCAUCUGGUUUGGGCUCAGUGGGACUAUCAUUUGUUUUUCAACAGGAGAAUGACCCAAAACAUACCUCCAGGUCAAAAAGUGCUAUUUGACCAAGAAGGAGAGUGAUGGUGCUGCAUCAGGGGCGGCAGGUAGCCUAGUUGGGUCAGUAACCGGAAGGUUGCUAGAUCGAAUCCCCAAGCUGACAAGGUAAAAAUCUGUCGUUCUUCCCCUGAACAAGGCAGUUAACCUACUGUUCUUAGGCCGUCAUUGUAAAUAUGAAUUUGUUCUUAUCUGACUUGCCUAGUUAAAUAAAGGUUAAAUCAAAUUAAAAAUCAGAAGACCUGGCCUCCACAUUCAUCUGACCUCAACCCAAUUGCGAUGGUUUGGGAUGAGUUGGGCCACAGAGUGAAGAAAAAUCAGCCAACAAGUGCUCAGCGUAGGUGGGAACUCUAAGACUGUUGGAAAAGCAUUUCAGGUGAAGCUGGUUGAGAGAAUGCUAAGAGUGUCAAAGCUGUCAAGGCAAAGGGUGGCUACUUUAAAGAAUCUAAAAUAUAUUUUUAUUUGUUUAACACUUUUUUUGGUUACUACAUGAUUCCAAAUGUGUUAUUUCAUAGUUUUGAUGUCUUCACUAUUAUUCUACAAUGUAGAAAAUAGUAAAAAUAAAGAAAAACCUUGAAUAAGUUGGUGUGUUCAAACUUGACUGGUACUGUAUGUCUCUCACUACAUGACCAAAAGUAUGUGGACACGUGCUCAUCGAACAUCUCAUUCCAAAAUCAUGGGCAUUAAUAUACAUUUGGUCCCCCCUUUGCUGCUAAUACAGCCUCCACUCUUCUGGGAAGGCUUUCUACUAGAUGUUGGAACAUUGCUGCAGGGACUUGCUUUCAUUCAGCCACGAGCAUUAGUAAGGUCAGGCACUGAUGUUGGGCGAUUAGGCCUGGCUCGCAGUCGGCGUUCCAAUUCAUCCAAAGGUGUUCGAUGGGGUUGGAAGCACAGAAUCGUCUAGAUUGUCAUUGUAUGCUGUAGCAUUAAUAUUCUCUUCACUGGAACAUCCCCAGACCAUUAUUCCUCCUCCACAGAACUUACCAGUUGGCACUAUAUGCAUUGGCGCAGCUACUGUUCUCCUGGCAUUCUCCAAACACAGAUUUGUCCAUCAGACUGACAGAUGAACGCGUUUCCACUGUUCCAGAGUCCAAUGGUGUCGCGCUUUACCCCACUCCAGCCAACUUUUGGCAUUGCGCAGGGUAUUCUUUGGCUUGUUUGCGGCUGCUCGGCCAUGGAAACCCAUUUCAUGAAUCUCCCGACGAACAGUUCUUCUGCUGAUGUUGCUUCCAGAGGCAGUUUGGAACUCUGUAGUGAGUGUUGCAACCCAGGACAGACAACUUUUACACGCUUCAGCACUCAGCAGUCCUGUUCUGUGAGCUUGUGUGGCUUACCACUUCACGGCUGAGCCUUUGUUGCUCCUAGACGUUUUCACUUCACAACAACAGCACUUACAGUUAACAGGGACAUCUCUAGCAGGGCAAAACCAUUACUAACUGACUUGGUGGAAAGGUGGCAUCCUAUGACUGUGCCACGUUGAAAGUUACUGAGCUCUAAAGUAAGGCCAUUCUUAUGCCUAUGUUUGUCUCUGGAGAUUGCAUGGCCAUGUGCUCUAUUUCAUACACCUGUCAGCAACAAGCGUUGCUGAAAUAGCCGAAUCCACUCAUUUGAAAGUGUGUCCACAUACUUUGGUGUAUAUUGUGUGUGCAGUGCUUAAUUUGCGCUGGAUCCACUCUGUUUUGGACUGUUUUGUUUCCGGAAAAUAUUUGGCCGGAUCCGGUAACUCUCAGUUGCAUGACAAAUAAUUGUACAUUUUUGCGAUGUUAAAAUUCGAACAAAAGCGCCAAGUUCAUCCGAGUUGCCAAUUCGUUAAUUAUCCUGCCCCCACAAUAAACGUAAUGUGAAAAAUUACAUUUUCAUCUCCGGCCUAAUAUUCUACGAGUAGAUUCGGUUUGGGCUGGCCAGGGUUUAUGGUUUGUGCAACAUUGUAACCUAUGUUUGAGACCAACGUGUGGCAGUGGCUCCGUGAGAAGUAGGCCAGUGUCUCUUACAUAACUACAAUUUUUAUUUAUUUUUUAUUUCACCUUUAUUUAACCAGGUAGGCUAGUUGAGAACAAGUUCUCAUUUGCAACUGUGACCUGGCCAAGAUAAAGCAUAGCAGUGUGAACAGACAACACAGAGUUACACAUGGAGUAAACAAUAAACAAGUCAAUAACAUGGUAGAAAAAAGAGAAUCUAUAUACAAUGUGUGCAAAAUGAGAUUACAAUGAGAUUAACUUUAAAUGAUCUCUCUCCCUCUGCUGUGAUAGAUGUGAGCCUGCAACUCAUCUCUCCAGUGUUGCACUUCAUCAUUUAUUUCCUUCUAGAAUCGUACGAAGGGUUCUGAAGCAACUGCAGCACCCUUGAUAAAUUUAAAUAUAUUUGCCAAAGUUAUAUAAUUACUGCUGUCUGUUCAGAAAUAAAUGAAAUAAUUCAGAACAGCCUACUACACCACGAGAAGGCCUAUUAUUUAGCUACAGAGGAUCAAUAGCUUCUUUUUUUUAAAUAACCUAGCUGUGCAUUGUAGCCCAAUAACAAGUAAUAGCCUAUAGUCGGGAACACGCAGCAAAUCUGUCAGUGAAAAAAAUGCAUGCAGACAAAACCGGCCUUUCACAAUAUUUCAAAUACAAUCGAGGGAAAACACAAGUUGGAAAGCAAAUGGCUCAUGGUGAAAAUAGGAGACUAUGCUGUAGGCUACCAAAAUAUUUGAUCAACUUCCAAAUAUAGUUUUACAAGGUAAAAGGGAGAGAGGCUUUUGGCAUGAGAGCUUCAGCCAUCACCAGGGAGUGAGCUGUGCAUCAUUGGGUGAGUCAGUAACACUGGAAAGCAUUUUUAGGACUAUUAUUUCCUCAUAUUGUAGCCUACAAUAUGUUUCUCCAUACACCUAGGCUAUUGAUGGAUUUACGGCAGGGUCGUUUUUAUUGAUCUCAGAUUCUCAGUUUGUUGGUGUCCAAGUAGCCUGCCAUUUUGAUCAUUUGUGUGGUAUUAAAACAUUAUGCCAAAGUCUGCAGUCAUGUAAAAUUUACUUAGAAUUGCAUGAAAUGUGUUUAUGAAAGGCCACAUUUUCCCAGGACCCUAGGCUACUAAAAAUGUUCUCCAUGUGUGCAACUUCUGUAAGUGCCUCUGCUCCAUGGCACUUUUUCUCAUGCGUUCCAGAACCUCUGAACUCCCUAGGUCACCCCCCUCUCUCUGUUUUUGUUCCGGCACCUCCCGAUUUACAAAUUAAGCUGUGUGUGUGUGUGUGUGUGUGUGUGUGUGUGUGUGUGUGUGUGUGUGUGUGUGUGUGUGUGUGUGUGUGUGUGUGUGUGUGUGUGUGUGUGUGUGUGUGUGUGUGUAAACAAACUUUGUGUCAAAGACAAUGGAAACGAGUAACAAUCAGGAGGACUAAGCUCUUUCUGUCAAAACCAAGGCCAGUGCUGCAGUCACUUUGUUUCUAUUCCUGUCUUCUCUCCCCUUUUCCUCCUCCUACCCCCUCCACCACACCUUUUCCCUCAUCCUCCUUUACUGUGAAUGCUUCUCGUGCCCUUUGCAGGCUGUCACGCGACGAGGACUUUUGGCCUUUGAAGUUGCAUGAAGGCGGUGCGUUGGGGGCGUGGUUGAGUUAUGAAGAGGCUAAUGUCUAAAGCAUUGCCAUUCCUUUUCCCACUGUGUAUAUGUUUAAAUUAUGCAGAACAAGGCAUCCCAUUUAAUUGUCAAUGUUUUGUUUUUUUAUCCUAAAAUAAAAAAUAUUAUACACGAAACAGCAGGGAGACAAGCGUUGCAAUGUCAACACUUUAUAUACAUUUAAAGGACUGUGGCAGUGUGCAUGUAUUGGAAUUUAGCGUCCAUCCCUAAUAAAUGUAUGCAAUGUCUUUUCUUGCAGAAACACGUUU